AACUGUGUUGUGUUUGAUAAAAGCUCUACUUUCACUGAAUUCUACCAACGUUGACCACACACCACAUAUGAAAGCUACCACUGUCUAAUGCCCAUCUCUCUCUCUCACUCUCUCUCUCUCUCUCACUCUUCACCUCUCUACCUCUCUCUCCAUACUUUGUGUCACAGGAUAAAUGUAGAGGACAGUAUUAUGGCGUUAGUGGAAGAAGUCUGUACACAAAGGUGUUGUGUCAGGUAGAUCUCUGUUAUGUGAUUUUGUGUGUGUGUAUGAGAAUGAGUGGCAGAGGCUAAACUUCUCAGGCUCAGUUGUUUCCCAUUGAGGGAAACAGUGUGUAUGUCUCUGUGUGGCACUCCAGGGGUGGAGACAGACAGAUUUCUCCUCUACUGGGUCAGGACAGCCUUCGGACGACUUUAAUCCUUUUACUUCCUGACAGCAUUUUGGUCAAGUCUGUCUUGGAUGUCUCCUCUCUUCUCUGCCUCUCCGGUUUCCAGGACGACAGGAGCUGGCCAGGGAUUUUCUCAUUAUCUCCUGAUCCAUUUCCCACUGGAGCCCUGAGCCUUUUGUUACCGUCCUCUUUCCCCACUCUGUCUCUUUGUUUUUUCCCCCGAGUCCUCGCGUCGCCAUGGAUUUGGGAAGCUUGACAACGGUGGUGGCCAACUCGGCCUACAUCUCGGCACGCGGGAGCUUCGAUGGCACGGCCAACAUGUCCGCCAACCGGGACAAGAAGUACCACGCGCGCCUGAAGCUGCCUCACAUCACAGUGUGUGAAGGCCUGAGGGAAACGCUGGACCUGGGCUUCCAGAAUGCCUGCGUGGAGCAGCCCAUUGGAAAACGCCUGUUCCGGGAGUUCUUGGAAUCCCACAAUGACUACAAAGCACCCUCCCGCCUCUGGAAGGACAUCGAGGACUACAACCAGUCGGAGGACAAAGACAGAGCCAGGAAAGCCUCCAAGAUGCUGUCUCGUUACAUGGAGCCUGGCGGGAAGCUCUUCUGCCCCUUCCUGCCGGAGAACGGCAUCACCAAGGUGAAGGAGAGGCAGGCGGAAGCCGCGGACGACCUGUUCAACGAGACCCUGGCCAGCGUCCUGGACUACCUGAAGGAGGUCCCCUAUACGUUCUACCUGGAGAGCAUGUACCUGAAGAGGUUUCUGCAGUGGAAGUGGCUGGAGAUGCAGCCUGUGGGUGAGGACUGGUUUGUGGACUUCCGGGUCUUGGGCAAAGGCGGCUUCGGGGAGGUGCAUGCCACCUCUAUGAAGGCCACGGGGAAACUCUACGCCUGCAAGAAGCUCAACAAGAAGAGGCUUAAGAAGAGAAAGGGAUUUGAGGGGGCGAUGGUGGAGAAGAGGAUUCUGGCGCGUGUCCACAGCAGGUUCAUUGUGUCACUGGCCUACGCUUUCCAGAGCAAGACUGAGCUCUGCCUGGUCAUGACCAUCAUGAAUGGAGGAGACCUGAGAUAUCAUAUCUACAAUGUGGACGAAAACAACCCUGGGUUUGACGAGCUGAGGGCUUGUUUCUACGCUGCUCAGAUCAUCCAGGGUCUAGAGCAUCUCCACCAGAAGAGAAUAAUCUACAGAGACCUGAAACCUGAGAACGUGCUUCUGGAUAACAAAGGAAAUGUGCGUAUCUCUGACCUUGGUCUGGCUGUGGAGAUGGCGGAUGACCAGAACAAGAUCAAAGGUUAUGCUGGGACUCCAGGGUUCAUGGCCCCAGAGCUGCUGAAAGGGGAGGAGUACGACUGGUCGGUGGACUACUUCACCCUGGGGGUCACAGUCUAUGAGUUCAUAGCUGCCAAGGGACCUUUCAGAACCAGAGGAGAGAAGGUGGAGAACAAGGAAGUGAAGAAGCGGAUUCUGAAUGACCCUGUGGCCUACCCAGAGAAGUUCAGCGAAAAUGCCAAGUGCAUCUGCGAGGCCCUGCUGUGCAAGAAUGUGGACCAGAGGCUUGGCUUUAGGAAUGGCUCCUGCAAUGAGCUGCGAUCACACCCGUUCUUCAGUGAAAUCAACUGGAGAAAGCUGGACGAAGGCAUCCUGCCUCCUCCAUUUGUUCCCGACUCCAAGACGGUCUACGCCAAGGACCUGGAUAACGUCGGGGCGUUCUCGACGGUGAAGGGGGUCACCCUGGAGGACCCUGACCAGGAGUUCUUCGACGAAUUCGCCUCGGGUAACAUCCCGAUUCCGUGGCAGGAGGAGAUGAUCGAGACGGGGGUCUACGGCGAGCUGAACACCUGGGGGGACGGAGGGGCGCUGCCUGACGACCUGCGCAGGGAGAGCAUCCUGGAGCAGCCCCCCAAGUCCUCCACCUGUUGCCUGUCAUAGGUCAGGGUUCGUAGUGUCAUAGUUCAGGGGUCGUAGUAGGGACAUGGAACUCUUUGUGAAUGUGAUGACUCGAUGGAAGAGGAGCUAAUCGACAGACGUGAUGUGAUGAAAUGCGAUGUGAUGAAAAUGGAAUGUUUAUUACAUUCAUUACAUGUCAUGGAUUAACGACUAUUCAGCCACGGCUUCAUAUCUUUCUCAGCAGCUUGGACGCUGGGAGGAAACGUGAUAAAAAUAUAAUUGUGGACUGCAAAUUGUCCCCAAGAGGUCCGAACAGAUAUUAGAACUAAAACAUUGUUUCAAAAGAUUCUUUAAUGUUUAAAUGAUCAAACAUUAUUGAUCUCUUAUAUGUGGGAAGACUGUGGAGCAGAGACAAUUUCCUGGUGUUUUUACAGUAUUGCAUUCAGCAGAAACAAAUGUGUCACUCCUACGGAACUGUCAGUUUACUGCAGUGGUCACCAUUGUUAUCCACAUUAACUCAAUAAUAAAUGUUAGCUUUAGCUAACUGUUUCUCCCUAAAUAAAGGUGCAUUUCAAAAAAAUUGAAGAUUGUGGAAACAUUUUCCGUAAUUCAAAUCAGAAAGUGACACCUUCAUAUAUUCUAGAUUCAUUAGACCUUUUUUGUUUCAAUCUUGAUGAUUAUGUCUUGCAGCUUAAGGAAAUAAAAA